AUGCCCGGUCGUAUCCUGGGAUUCGACUUUCCAUCUCCUCUUCUCAGACCCGUUCCCGAAAAGAAGCGCAGCGCAUCUUCAGUGCGAUCAGACGGCUCCCGCAACGACAGCAUGGAGCAUCUCAGACGNCCCCACUUUGGCAAGAGCCACUCGCACGACAAGAAGGACAAGGAUGCUAAGCGCGAAUCGAGUCUGGGCCGUCAAGCCGCAAGACACAUCAAACUCGACAUGGUUGUAGAGUCUCCCCCGGUCUUGUUUCUUGACAGCCCCACACAUUCUUCGGGUUCUCUUUUCUCUGGCCGCAUGCAACUCAUCGUUACCGGAACGCCUUCCGCCGCCAUCAAGUCAUUCACCCUCGCAUUCAGAGCCACCACCUCGACCAAGCGUCCUGUGGUAGACCACUGCAAAGACUGCUCCUCAAAGUCGCAGGAUGUCAAGGAGUGGAACUUCCUGGGCGACAAUGUUGAGUUGUCAACCGGCAGCCAUGAUUUCCCUUUCAGCUACCUCAUGCCUGGCCACCUCCCCACCACAACCCACGGCCACAUUGCCAGCAUCGAUUACAAGCUGGUCGCUCGCGCCGAGACCGUCAAUGGCGAAGUCGCCGAGUACAUUCGCCCAGUCGUCAUCAACCGCGCCAUCCGCCCUGGAAACGAUAAGAACUCUGUCAGAAUCUUCCCUCCUACCAACCUGACACUCAAUGUCACUCUGCCUUCGGUCAUCCAUCCAAUUGGUGAUUUCCCUGUCUACGCUCGCAUGUCUGGCAUCACCACCAAGAAAGAAGAUACACAAAUCAGAUGGCGUCUGAGAAAGUUGACAUGGCGUAUCGAGGAACACGAAAAGUUCGUCUCACCAGCAUGUGCCAAGCACAUGGCCAAAGUUGGCGGUGAGGGAAGAGGCGUCCAACACGAGCACACCAGAGAUAUCGGUAGUGACGACCUCAAGUCUGGUUGGAAGACCGAUUUUGCCGAUGGUCAGCUCGAAGGCGAGUUCACUGCUUCCAUUGACAGCGGUCUGAAGCCUCAAUGCGAUGUCGAUAGCCCAUCUGGCCUCAAGAUCAGCCACGUCAUGGUUUUGGAAUUGGUUAUCGCCGAAGAAUGGGCCCCCAACAAGAAGCCCAACCAAGCAACUCCUACUGGUGCUGCCAGAGUUCUGCGCACCCAGUUCAACAUCAACGUCACCGAGCGUAGCGGCAUGGGCAUCGCCUGGGAGGACGAGCAGCCCCCUCUUUACGAGGAUAUUCCCGAUAGCCCUCCUGGCUACCGCAUAGAAAUCGAUAACUACGACGGUUCCGAACUCAACGAGGAUGUGGAUCAGCUCCAUCUUUCAUGA